AUGCAAAAUUGUAAGGCCGUGUCAACACCGAUGAACACAAGUGAACGCCUGGCAAAGGACAUGUCGCCGAAGACGACCGAGGAAAUUGACAGGAUGAAGAACGUUCCUUAUCAGGAGGCCGUUGGAGCACUCAUGUAUUUGGCCCAGUGCACACGCCCUGAUAUACUAUUCGCUGUGAACCAUCUUAGUCGCUUCAACACAUGCGCUGGUGAGAAACAUUGGGAAGCUGUCAAGCACCUGCUGCGAUACGUACGAGGAUCGUCGAAGAUGAAGCUGUGUUACACAAAAUCCCCCGAAUCGGAACUUGUGGGAUACACCGAUGCCAACUGGGCUGCAGACUUGGAUGACCGGAAGUCAACAAGUGGCUACUUGUUCACUUUCCAAGGAAGAGCAGUCUCGUGGUGCUGCAAGCGACAACCAACUGUCGCACUAUCGUCGUGCGAGGCAGAGUACAUGGCUCUUUCUGCCUCGGUUCAAGAAGCUGCAUGGUGGAGAGGUCUCAUCUCCGAGUUUGGUAAAACUCGUCCUUUACCUCUUCGCUGCGACAACCAAAGUGCUAUCUGCGUGGCCAAAAAUGGUGGUUAUACGCCGCGUACCAAGCACAUAGACAUCAGACACCACUACAUCCGUGAGGCGUUGGAGCAAAACGUUGUGACGCUGAGCAACGUGAGCACCGACGAACAACUGGCGGAUGGUCUAACCAAACCGUUGGAGCGCAUCAAGCUCGAGCGUAACCGGACUGCAAUGGGCAUCACCCGAACAGCUUAA